GUGCGUAAGACCUACGAGCGGGAACUGAGUGAGUAACUCUGCGUUAGAGCUACGACGGGGAAGAGAAAACAUGCCCUCCUUCACGCAUCCCCCUCCUCUAUUUAUUUGCUCCUGUCCGUUUUCUUCAAGCAAUCAGCUCCUCCUACUUCUCGUUCAGUUUCUUCUCCUUCCUUCUGCUCAGUCGACAACGAGCCAUUGUCACUAUACCACGCUUGCUUGAGUGCAACUUCAAUGUCGAAGUUCAUGGCUGCUCCAAAUGCAAAUUUAAAUUCGAAUUCAAAUCCAAAUCCAAAUCCAAAUCCAAACAACUCCUUUGAGGUCGCUCAACCUCCAGACGACUCCAUAUCAAGCCUAAGUUUCAGUCCCAAGAGCAACAUUCUGGUCGCCACCUCCUGGGACAACCAGGUGCGAUGCUGGGAGAUACACCAGAGCGGAACCAAUAUUGUCAGUCAGCCAAAGGCAGCGAUAUCCCAUGACCAUCCGGUUUUGUGCUCAACUUGGAAAGAGGAUGGAACAACUGUGUUCUCUGGAGGUUGCGACAAGCAAGUGAAGAUGUGGGCUUUGGGUGGCCAACCAGUAACGGUUGCCAUGCAUGAUGCACCCAUUAAAGAGAUUGCUUGGAUCCCUGAGAUGAGCCUCUUAGUCACAGGAAGCUUGGACAAGACUAUGAAGUAUUGGGAUGUGAGGCAGCCAAAUCCAGUGCAUACACAGCAACUACCAGAGCGCUGUUAUGCUCUAUCAGUGAGAUACCCUCUAAUGGUUGUUGGCACUGCAGACAGAAAUCUGAUUGUUUUUGACUUGCAGAACCCACAGUAUCAAACAAGGUGUGUUGCUGCAUUUCCCGAUCAUCAAGGAUUCUUGGUUGGCUCUAUUGAAGGGAGGGUUGGUGUACAACAUCUGGAUGAAAAACAAAAUGAUAAAAACUUUACCUUUAAGUGCCAUAGAGAGGGCACCAGGAUAUACUCAGUCAACUCUCUGAACUUCCAUCCAGUGCAUCACACAUUUACUACUGCUGGUUCUGAUGGUUCUUUCACUUUUUGGGAUAAGGAUAGCAAACAGAGACUAAAGGAAAUGUCAAGGUGCAAUCAACCUAUACCUUGCAGUACGUUCAACAAUGAUGGUUCCAUAUUUGCAUAUGCGGUUUGCUAUGAUUGGGGCAAGGGUGCAGAAAAACAUAAUCCAGCUACCGCAAAGAACUACAUUUUCCUCCAUGUGCCACAGGAAGCCGAGGUUAAAAGGAAACCACAAGUCAACACUGGUGGAAAAAGGUGAAGCUGGUCGACCAGCCAUGUCGGUUAUGAGCUAUUUCUGUACAUGGAAGUUUUUAGUUACUGACGUUUGAUCAAGGCUAGCCCCUCUGACAGCUCUUAAGAGGAUAUCCUACAGAUUUUUAGUUACAGAUUUACGAUUCUCGAUCAAAUUUCUACUCUCAAAAAUACCAUUUUCCAAUCUAGAAAACAGAGACCAGUAGAAAUCCAGAGAUUCUUGUUCAGUCACCAACUGCCACAGGAUUUGAGCAAAACUCGUCUGAAUCCGACUGAUCACUAAGGUUGAUAAAGUUGAGAAUGAUUGAAACGAUAAUACAAAGUUUUCUGAUUCUUGAAUUGUUGGUAGUGUUGUUGUAAACUUGUAAUCAUGGCACUUGAGAUUGUUGGAGGGGCUGCUCUAGGAACAAUAUUUGCAGCCUUGUAUGAUGUUGUUAA